AUGAAAGUAGAUGACAUCUUAUGUCGAGUGUUAUCAGUGGGUAAGGAAGGUGGUGGAUUGACUAAAAAUGUGCGCGAAGAUGAGUUACUUGCUUUGUGUAUGAAAGCUCGAGAGGCAUUUUUGAGUCAGUCUGUAUUUAUCGAAAUUGAUCCACCAGUUAGAAUUUGUGGUGAUACACACGGUCAAUAUGGUGAUCUGCUAAGGCUUUUUCACCGCGGUGGUUUUCCACCAGAAUCAAAUUAUCUAUUCCUUGGUGAUUAUGUAGACCGCGGUCCUCAAAAUCUUGAAGUAAUUUGUCUCUUAUUUUGUUAUAAAAUAAAAUAUCCGAAUAAUUUUUUUUUGCUACGCGGUAAUCAUGAAUGUAAUACGGUUAAUCGAGUGUAUGGAUUUUAUGAUGAAUGCUUAAGACGUUACGGCUCGAAUCGUCUUUGGCAAGGAUUUCAGGAUGUAUUUGCUGUUAUGCCUUUAUGUGGUUGUGUUGGAAGUCGAAUAUUAUGCAUGCAUGGAGGUUUAUCACCACAAUUAAAAGACUUCGAACAGUUACGUAAUAUACAGCGUCCGUUAGAACCGGUUAGUCCAUCGCUGGAAAUGGAUUUACUUUGGGCUGAUCCGGUAGUGGGUAUUCAAGGUUUUGAACCUAAUUUACGUGGUGCAUCGUUUGGUUUCGGUGAGGAUGUCGUCAUUGAUGUUUGUAAAAGAUUGGAUAUUGAUAUGAUUGCUCGAGCUCAUCAAGUCGUACAGGAUGGUUACGAGUUUUUCGGCAAUCGCCGUUUGGUGACGGUUUUUUCGGCGCCGCAUUAUUGCGGACAAUUUGAUAAUGCAGCCGCAAGCAUGAUUGUUGAUGAAAAUCUUGUUUGCUCGUUUCAGAUUCUACGACCUCAGGCCAUGCCAGGGCAAACACGUCUCGUCAAAACUGUACGCAACAAAACUGAAAAGCUUUCUUCCGAAUUAUGA